AGGUGGUGGUGGAGAUGAUUGCUUCAUUUGAAGGGUUUCCAAGAGCUCCAACACAAGAACAGUGAAGGGCAGUUCGUGCUGCUGCCACCUUGGGGCUCACCUGGUGGGAGCCCACCUGUGGGUCUGUGCUCCCACAGCAGCCAGUCUGGCUGGAAAGCACAGCAGAGGUUUUCCUUGCUACCAGCUGGGGCAGAACCCAACUCUGCUGACACACAGCUGGAAAAUUCCAGAGCUGGUUUCUCAGCUUCCCUGGUGUCUGCAUAUCACAGGUGAUUAAAAAGGGCUCCAGAGCAGCUACUCAAAGCCUCCUUUCCCCAAGCUGAUGGUUUGGUGGUGUUGCUUUGGGUUUGGACAGAACCUCCUGUACCUCUAACCCCUUUAUUUUCAUCCUUCUGUUGCAAAAGAAAAGGAGCUGUGGGGAGAGAUGUCGUGGAUCAGAGAGGGCGAGCUGACCAUCCUAGAGAGGUUUUGUGCCAACAUCAUUAAGGCAGGCCCGAUGCCCAAGCACGUUGCCUUCAUCAUGGAUGGCAACCGCCGCUACGCCCAGAAGUGCCACGUGGAGAGGCAGCAGGGGCACUCCCAGGGCUUUGAUAAGCUGGCACAGACACUCAGGUGGUGUCUGAACCUGGGCAUCAGGGAGGUCACUGUCUAUGCCUUCAGCAUUGAGAACUUCAAACGUUCCCAGGAGGAGGUGGACGGGCUGAUGGAUCUGGCCAGGCAGAAGUUCAGCCGCCUGCUGGAGGAGCAGGAGAACCUGAAGAAGCAUGGAGUGUGCAUCCGUGUCCUCGGGGACCUGCCCCUGCUGCCCCUGGACAUCCAGGAGCUGAUUGCCCAAGCUGUGCUGGCCACUAGGAACUACAACAAAUGCUUUCUGAAUGUCUGCUUUGCUUACACCUCGAGACACGAGAUCAGCAACGCCGUCAGGGAGAUGGCCUGGGGGGUGGAGCAAGGCCUGCUGGAACCCAGUGACGUGUCAGAAGCGCUGCUGGAUCAGUGUCUGUACACCAGCAACUCCCCUGACCCUGACCUGCUGAUCAGGACCUCUGGAGAGGUUCGCCUGAGUGAUUUCUUGCUCUGGCAGACAUCCCACUCCUGCCUGGUGUUUCAGUCAGUCUUGUGGCCAGAAUACUCCUUUUGGAACUUGUGUGAGGCUAUCCUUCGGUUCCAGAUGAACUACAGUGCCCUGCAGAAGGCCAGAGACUCCUACAUGGAGGAGAGGAGGCGGCAGCAGAUGGAAAGGGAUCAGGCCUACGUGGCACAGAAGCUGCAGCAGGAAGGGCUGGCGUCCCACGGAGACUCUCAGCGCUGCCGGACGCUGCUGCAGAAGUGCAGAGCCAUGAGGGAGCAGAGGAUCCAGGGCUUCCUGCAGGCUCUGGAGCACAAGAGAGUGGACUUCUUCGAGAGGUUGUGUCCAGUGUCUGCGUGACACAGGUGCUGGGUGGCUCCUGGGAAGACAGGGACCAGCUGCUGCCCAGAGCGGUUCCCUCGGGGUGGCGCCCCUGUGGGUGUCCCCAGGGCCCCUGUGGGUGUCCCCAGGGCCGCUGUGGGUGUCCCCAGGGCAGGAGCAGAGCACUGUGACCCUCCCCAGGGCUGUGGGUGCUGCUGGGCAGGGUGAUGCCGUCCUGUCUUACCUCCCUGCCCCCGUGAUGGAGAAGGCACACAGCCCACCACAGCUCUGCUGCUUGGCCCGCCACAGCCCUGCCUGUUUGGACUAAAAUGAGCCCCCAGUUCUGUCUGACUCCUCGUGAGCUGGCCCAGACAAACCAGUUCAGCCCUGUUAAAUCAGACUGGGCUGGGAUUCUGUCCAUGGCUUCACAGCAGUGGAUCUCCUGCUGAGAUUUUUCUCUGCUACCCCUGAAGUGGAGCCUUGCUUUCUGUAGGCAGAGGAUUAUUGCUGCUGUGGAAGGCAGCCCUGUGCCAAGCAGGGGCAGAGAGAUUCCCCACACCAGAAUGGCAUCUUGUCUUCUCCCUGCCUGGCUCUGUUGGCUUUCAUCUGUCUGCUCUUGGCUCCCCAGGAGCUAAAGCAAGGUGUUGGCAGCCUGGCUGGCAAGAGAACAAAGAUCCUCCAGAGCUUCCCCAGCCCUGCAACCCCUCCUGAGCAGUGCACGUGGGGGAAAACCCUCAAAUGCUGGUGUUGGAACAAACUGUGCCCAGGAAAGGCUCUGAGCAGGCAAGGAGAAAGGAUUGGUUGGGAAUUAGCUUCGUGGUUUAAAAAGGAAAAAGAAAUGAGCUCAACCUAGGUGAUGGACAGGGUAAGCUGAAUCCCUGUGAGCCCUGAGAGCCAUGACUUAACAUCCUGUUUCCAGGGAACGGGGGGAGCCCAGAUGAGGAAUACAGUAGCCAAACCCAACCUGUGAGCCCAGCCAAGAGGGUUUAGAAAAGCCCUUGAGCUGCCUGUGCUGGGAGUGGCUGCAGCAGCUGUGGGGUGUUGUUUGUUCUCACUUUUCCAUCAGGCAGGGAGGGAGGACUAAGCCCAAUUCCAAGAUUGUUUCCGUCCCCGUGGUCAAAAUCAGAGGAGAUGUCUGGAUUCUUGUUUCUGAUGCACACAGAGGUGCAGCAGGGGCAGCUUUGGCUGCUGCUAGAGGGUUCCUGUUUCCCUCCAGGUGAAAACUAUAGAAAACAGACUUGGGAAGUGCUUCACACUCAGCUCUUUGAAUGUGAUGGUGAGGAGGAGAACUCCACUGUCAAAUGGUGAAUAAAGCAUGCUGGUAGCAAAGUCACUUGGGAAAACCAGAGAACCAUUUGAAAAUGCAGAGAGAUUCUUGUUCUCAAGGUGUGGUGAAGUUGGCUUCCAGAUCUGCUAUCCCAUCCUUCAGCCUCUGCCAGACUCUCCCAAUUGCUUCCAUCCAACAGGAAGCAGAGGGGAGGGCUGUGUGCUUUGCUUUUUUGCAGUCUAGUGUGAGCUGUUUGCUGCCUCCAGGCUUGGCUGAACCAAGACUCCAUGCAUGUCCCUCCUCUUAGGAAGUAGCUUGGAUAAGGUCAUGCCAAGGGGCUGGGAGUUACUCAUUUUGCUGCAUUUUCUUUUCUUGGGCCUCACAUUUCAGGAAGCUGCCUGUGGAAAUAGCUUAUUCUCCAUGCAUCACAGAAUGGUAGGGGUUGGAAGGGAC